AUGGCCGCCCGCCACUACAAGGGCGAGGGCGAGGGCGGUCAGGCUAGCGGCGAGAAUCCCUGCACGGAGACCCCGCAAAGAAACGCCUUCCCCAAGACCAUGGCACGCGAGCUCUCCUCAAAUUGGAAGCAGCUGCAGGCUCACAUCCAGGCCGAGUCGUCCUCCCAAGCAGACGGCAAAACGCCAAGCACGCUCAAGCGGAAAGCCUCGGGCAAAGGCCUCGCCUCGGCGGCCAAGAAGCAGAAGAAGCCCGUCGUCUCCAGGACGGCAGCCGCCAGCGCCAGCACCACCGUCACACCGCGCCCGCCGCCCUCGGCCGCGGCCCGGGCCCGCCGC